AUCGGAAACUCGUCGACCAAUCCACGCUCUCGAGCGUGUUUAACGUUCUCUUCGCCGAGCCGACUCAGGCCGCGCUGGCGGCGGCGUUAUCCGCGCUCGACGGGAACGCGGGGAGAAAAGGGGAAGCCGUGGCGGCCCCCCGGUGGUGACAGUCUCCCUUGGGCCCGCCUCCCUCUCCCCACAGUAUGGCUGCCAUGGGAGACCCAGUUCUUGUUCUUAUGUGCUGGUAAUUGAGGCAUACUCUUCAAAGAUAAUUGGACUGAAUGGAAUUACAUAACAGAACAAGUUUUCACAAACGCUGAAUGGAACUCCUGCUUCGAGCACAGUUGGUAGUGGGAUGGAUCCCUUCCAUGCCUGUAGCAUUCUCCAGCAGCUCAAAACAAUGUAUGAUGAAGGACAGCUGACUGAUAUUGUGGUGGAAGUGGAUCAUGGAAAAAAGUUUUCUUGUCAUCGCAACGUUCUUGCUGCAAUCAGUCCUUAUUUCAGAUCAAUGUUCACUAGUGGCCUUACUGAGAGUACCCAGAAAGAAGUUCGGAUUGUUGGUGUUGAAGCAGAGUCCAUGCAUUUAGUACUGAACUAUGCAUAUACCUCCAGAGUAACACUGACAGAGGCCAAUGUCCAAGCUUUGUUCACUGCAGCUAGUAUCUUCCAGAUUCCUUCUAUACAAGACCAGUGUGCUAAAUAUAUGAUCAGUCAUCUGGACCCCCAGAACUCCAUUGGUGUGUUUAUCUUUGCUGAUCACUAUGGGCACCAGGAACUUAAAGUUAGGUCACAAGAUUAUAUUCGUAAAAAGUUCCUGAGUGUCACCAAAGAACAAGAGUUCCUCCAUCUGAGGAAAGACCAACUUGUAAGCAUAUUGGACAGCAAUGAUUUAAAUGUUGAUAAGGAAGAGCAUGUUUAUGAAAGCAUAAUAAGGUGGUUUGAACAUGAGCCCAACAAAAGAGAAAACUCCUUGCCCGAAAUAUUUGCCAAAUGCAUCCGCAUGCCCCUGUUAGAUGAAGCAUUCAUCGAGAAAAUUCCUCCCAUGUUUGCACAGGCUAUAGCCAAAAACUGCAUACAGAAAGGACAAAGUAGUGCCAAUGGCUAUACCCAACGGCUUGGAAUGACUGCUUCAGAAAUGAUCAUCUGCUUCGAUGCUGCCCACAAACACUCAGGAAAGAAGCAAACAGUGCCUUGUUUAGAUUCCGUCACGGGGAGGGUGUUCAAACUAUGCAAACCACCCAGUGAUUUGCGAGAAGUGGGGAUCCUUGUUUCACCCGACAAUGACAUUUAUAUUGCAGGAGGGUACAGACCAAGCAGCAGUGAGGUCUCCAUAGACCACAGAGCAGAAAGUGACUUUUGGAUGUAUGACCAUUCAGGCAAUCGAUGGAUUCCAAAGGCUCCGCUGCUUCGUGCAAGGAUAGGCUGCAAACUAGUUCAUUGCUGUGGCAAACUGUACGCAAUAGGCGGCCGGGUUUAUGAAGGAGAUGGGCGCAACUCGUUGAAAUCGGUGGAGUGCUAUGAUAGCAGAGAGAACUCCUGGACAGCUGUCUGUCCAAUGCCUGUAGCAAUGGAAUUUCAUAAUGCUGUGGAAUAUAAAGAGAAUAUCUAUGUCUUACAAGGAGAAUUUUUCCUCUGCUAUGAUCCUCGAAAAGAUUACUGGGGUUUCCUAACCCCUAUGACUGUGCCUAGGAUCCAGGGUUUGGCAGCUGUCUACAACAACUCCAUUUACUACAUUGCUGGAACCUGUGGAAACCAUCAGCGCAUGUUUACCGUAGAGGCCUAUGACAUUGAGUUGAACAAAUGGACUCGGAAGAAAGACUUCCCAUGCGACCAGUCCAUUAAUCCAUACAUUAAACUUGUUGUCCUAAAGAAUAAACUACAUUUAUUUGUCCGAGCUACUCAAGUCACUGUUGAGGAACAUGUCUUCAGAACCAGCAGGAAGAAUUCUCUGUACCAGUAUGAUGAAGUUACUGACCAGUGGCAGAAGGUGUAUGAGACUCCAGAUAAGCUCUGGGAUUUAGGACGUCAUUUUGAAUGUGCUGUUGCUAAACUGUAUCCUCAGUGUCUUCAGAAAGUUAUUUGAUCUCUCUCCUCCCCGCAUCCCCCCCCCUUUUCAUUGGUGAAAGGCCUUAGUGACUUGGUAUUUAAUGCUAGCAGAAAAUUUUCUUUUUAAAAACAACCACUCCAAUUCUGUCAGUAUUUAAUGUGAGUUGAAAUCGAUGGCUUUUUUAAUAUGGGGAUGGGUGCUCUUUAAAGAUUGCAGUGGGGAGAAGGAAAUUAGUGGUUUAGUUUCCUAAUGGAUGUUUUCCUGUGGAGUAAGGAGUGGGUUACAAAGUGCAAUUAUCAUCAUUUUCUCUGCUAAGCAUUUGAUCAUGUUUUUCAAGAGUGACAGUUUGACUCAGAGCAAGAGUAGUUGGAUUGGAGUAACUAUGCACUAAAGUGAAAGCAGAUCUAACGUGAAUAGCAAAGGUGAAGAGAGCAAGUUUGAAGUGACUUAUUUAAAAUACGGGUAAAAUCUGAGGCAAUAUCAAUAGUUUGCUAUUUUAGAUUCAGUGACACUAAAUAGUUGAAUAUCUGGUCCUUAUACCUCUUCUAUAUGUAUAAAGGUACUGAAAUAUUUAUGUUUAUACAUUGUGGUAGCUUGUGCUGAAAUAUCAAAAUCUGCAGCAGAACGUGAAUUUACCAUUUGAAAUGAAAGGCCUACUUCAGGGGACUGUUUCACCUCUCUUCUGUGGGUUUAGAGUUAAUGUGUGUAGUUUCUGUUCUUAAUCUUCCAACAGCAUAAUAAGGUGUCACUAUUUCCUGACAGUUAAAAGUAGAGCUUCAGAAGCAGUUGAACUAGUUGGUCAUCCCAUAAAGGGCUUAAACCCAAUGGUGCUAGUACAUUUUUAAUACUUGUAAGUCUGAAAUGGGUCGACUGGGUCUGCUAAUUUAAGACAGUUGGUUAGUAUUAAUGUCUCUAGUCUUAAACCUGUAUCUUGCUGCUUUGUGUUUGAACACCCAUUUUGAAUUUCUCUUGGGAGUGAUUUCAUGUGUAGAAAAGGGAUAGGCCAAGUAGUUGUAAUGGCUGUUAGUUUGGGGAGAUUUUGUUCCAUCUCUUAGAAGAUUAAGCGCUAAAUGCACUUUUAAAAAUCCAUCUUCAAACCUGAACAGUGUCACUUGGGACACUCCUAGACAGCUAAAAUGCGCUGGUUGAGAUUGUGACUGCUGAGGAACAUAACAUUGGGCCAGCUUGCAAAAACAUGAUGUACUAAACCAUCGCCUUGUUCUUUGCUGCUGCUGCCAUUUUGGUAUCUUUAAUUUGCAACUAGUGAAUUAUCAUGGAGCAAUACUUGCCCCCAAUCAGCCUAAUAUGGAAGCAGUUCUAGCUAUCAGCAGUACCCUUGGAUCCUUCUGUCUGUUGCCUGUCUCCUGCCCUCCAGUUGUUUCUGGAGUAAUGUGAAGGUUUGCACUACUGAGCUCUCUUUCUGAUCCAAGAACAACAACUUUGGAAGCCUGCAGUUGAAAACAUUUUUUGGAACUAAGUUAGAGUUCAGUGUAUUGAGAUUCCUUCUCUAUGAAUAACUUAUAUUUGAAGUAGCAAAGUAGUCUUUUUCCUAAAAUCUGAAUCUAAAAACAACAAAUAUUACCUUCUACCAGUGAUUCCUUGCCAGGAUUCCUUGCUCAAGAAUGAAGUGUGGCAUCUCAGUUCACUCUCAUUUGCUUUAAAACAGAAGUUGGCCUUAUAUUCAUGGAUGGUUGCUACUUUUAUUUAAUAGUAGACCCUCCAGUCAGUCAAAGUUAAGAUAUUAAAUUAAGAACAAAAUUAAGUAAAUAUGGGCUUGUAAUUGCUGGUAAGACUUCUUGUUUUAAUAUGAAUUCCACUUGACUUUGUAUGUGUUUUAAACUUGCACAAUAUAUUAAGAACACAACUGUGAAACUAAAAGGAUGAUAAAGCCUCCAUUACAUACCUCAUCUUCCAGCAAUUCAGCAAACAGCUUUUUGUUCAGGUUUCUUCAGAUGUCGUCAUGCUGAAGGUACAAUAGUUCUGAACAUUGAGACAAAACUCGCUUGAACCAUUUGUUUUGCUUGCAAAAUAAUUUAAUGCCCCAUAUUGUCUCUCUCGAGCAUUCACAUAUCAGGCUAGGAAAUAAUAUGUGCUAGGGAGCUGCAGUUUAAUUAACACACACUUGUUGUUCAUGAAGGGCCACAACAUUGCAUUCCACCUUCCCUCAAAAGCAUUGAACUUGAGAAAGUAGCCGGGAUGCAAAAUCAAACAGAUAGUGUUCAUACAGCCUCUGAUCCUGCAGCUGACCCUCUGUGCAGCUAAUUGGUGAUGUGAAUGGGUACUGGGAUGAUGUGUGUGCCUGGCUCAGCUGCCAUUCAGCAUUGUAAAGUUAUAUCCUUGUCCACACUAUUAAGUAACAACAGAAUGGAAAAAGAUCAGGGUGGACUGAAAUGAUCCCCAAUACUGUGUGACUAAUUCUAGGGCUGAAAUAUUAUGAGGUGUGCUGUCCAAUGUGGUGGGUGACUGCUAUUUUAGAUGUGAGUCAUAGAGCUUAUCUACACAGGAAGCUGAGGCUUUGACGUCCUAAGCAUAGUUGCCAAGGCUGAAUAUUAAAUGAUGCUGAGUUAUGGUUUCUUGGGGAUACUGGUGUUCACAGGUUUUUUGUCUAGUUACUUUCAUGUAUUUAAUGCUUUCAUUAUCCUUAGUUGGCUACAUUUGCGCUGUUGUAAGCCUCUUAGCUGCAAACUUUUUGAAGCACCCUCCCUUACAUUGUUGCAUUAGUAUUUUAUUUUUUUUUGCAAAAAGUGUUAUGUAUCUUUCAAAAAGUUCAGUUAAUUUUUUUAUUAGACUUAUUGCUGCUUUUUGACAAUCUUCUCUAUUUAUUUAGUAGAAAUGUCAAUCUGACUUGAAAUUUAAGACAUAGCUUAAGUUAGCAAAUGACCCUGUCAUGUGAUGUAUAGAAGUACAAUAUGCUGUGGUUAAUUCUGCAGCAGGUUUGUUCUUUUUUUAAAAAAAAAACAAAAACAAAAAUCUGCACUAAAUACAAAUACUUUUUCUCUAACCAUUUACAUUGGGGGGUGGGAGGGUUUAACUGUAGCGUGCUUGAAAACUAACUCUUGACAUUUUUGCCACGGGGAUGGGAUACACCGAGUCUUAUGCAUGAAUAAUUAACUAUUUAAGCAGUAAUAUUAACAGAGAAUCUUUAGUUGUUUACAUGCUUUUAAAUUAUCCAGUGAGAAUUUGCCAGUGUUUAUAUUGUGUUAGAAUUGGAUUUUUUUCAAAAGCAACCUUGCACAGAAUUGGAACAGGUGACACAAACCUGCACCAAAGUUGUCAUAAUUGUGCGGUAACAUAUGCAGGGCUACGUUUGAUUUCUUUGCCCAUCCUCUCCCUGCUCUUCUUAGCCUAUCUUGAGUCAUGAAUCUUUUUUUUUAAAAGCACAUUGUUUUUGGAAACAUGCUGGAAAAAGAUCCCAGUGUAGAUCUUGUUGAUUUAGAGACAUAGUCCACCAAGCGCUGCUGUUGCACAUUGUCCACAGCAUUGUACAAGUCCCACAAGCAUAAACCAGGGCUGUGCAGUGGCAGUACCUAGUUGGCUGCUCCCCAAAUCCACUACAACUGGCUUUGGUGUGUGUGUGCAGUGCAUGUGGUUUGCAUAAUAUCAGAGCUCCCUGUGUUCCAAAAUUGGACUAGAAAUGGCAUCAGAUGUUCAGCGCUCAGGUAUGUUAGUAAGAAGUACUGUAGUCCUCUGAGGGCAAAUGUGUGGUUUUGCCAUAAUUGCACAAUUUUGCAUUUUUACUUAAUGUCAUGUUAAUUUUCUUAUAAUAAACCUGUUCAAUAUGA